ACCUGUGUGUACUGUUGCCAGGCAACGCGGACAGAAAUCAGACGUGAAGCUCGAGCGCCACAGGUCGCUGAAAGUCUCCGUUGUCUUGGCACCGGGUCCGACAUUUGCUGUGGAGCAUGGCGGCCAACGAGAAACGGGAUCUGGUCCAUCAAAACGCAAUUCACGUCGAGACGAUCCGGAAAGAAGAACGGUGCCAGAAGCUGCACACGGAGUUCAGCAUCAAUCCACACAGGAAACUGCACGUGCUGCCUGACAAACCCAUGUCUAAGAAACCGACGGAAGCCAUUGCAGAAAACUCCGACUUCCUGGGAGUCUUCCAUAAGGCGCGUCAGGAACCCACCAAGAAAUACCGGAUGCCACAGACGGAGAGUCAGGAGAUCGGAUGGGUGUCCACUCCACUGAUCUCGAAUCGCAACGACGACAGAUUAAACUUUUUCAGAUCCAGCACAGACGUCACCAAAUACAAAGAAUCUGCCCUGCGGUCAUCGAGUUAGACCGUGAAAAAGUGAAAGAAAACCUCCAUAACGUGAACAUGUAGUUCAUAUUUACUCGUUUUUCAUAUAAACAAGUGUCUGCACCAACAGACGUC